GAACCAUCAUGGAGUGGAUUGCCACCUGCUGCUUACUCAUUUGAAGUUCUUAAAAAUGGAACUAUCAUAGAUGUAAUACAUUUGAAUAGACCAAUUUCUGUUGUUGGUCGCCUUGCACAGUGUGACAUUGUUAUGGAACAUCCAUCACUAUCACGAUUUCACUGUAUUAUUCAGUAUAGACUCGUGGGUUCUGACACACAGCCACAAGGAUUUUAUGCUUAUGACCUUGGUAGUACCCAUGGCUCUUUCCACAACAAGCAUCCGAUGAAGCCUCAUACUUACUACCACUUGCGAGUUGGUCACAUGCUAAAGUUCGGUGGCAGUACUCGUAUGCUGAUUUUGCAAGGUCCUGAAGACGAUCAAGAACCAGAAUCAGAAUUAACUGUAACAGAAUUGAAAGCGCUGGCAGCAGAACGUGCCAAAAAACUGGAACAACUGGAAACUGGGGAACUGGAAGAAAACAACCCUGACCAACAAAAAGAGAAAUCUGAAAUAAGUGGAGAAAGCCAAGAGGAUAAAGAAGGCAUAGACUGGGGAAUGGGAGAUGAUGCAGUAGAGGAGGCAGAAGAAGAGGAAAAUCCUUUUGCUUCUCUCAAUGAAGAGUUAUAUCUGGAUGACCCAAAGAAGACCCUCCGUGGAUGGUUUGAGCGAGAGGGCUAUGAUCUUCCCAGUUAUGAAACUGAAGACAUCAGUCAAGGGUUUUACAAAUGCAAAGUGGAACUUCCUGUUCCUGGCCCUGCUGGUGGCCCAUUAGUUGCCAUUGUUGAACACAAAGGCAAGAAGAAAGAAGCAGUAAUACAGUGUGCUCUUGAGGCUUGCAGGUUGCUUGACAGGCAAGGUGUUCUUCGACAAGCAAAGCAUGAGAGCCAUGAAAGAAAAAAACGUGACUGGGCAGAAAACGACUAUUAUGACUCUGAUGAUGAUGAUUUCUUGGAUCGUACUGGAGAUGUGCAGAGGAAGAGAAUAAGGCGUAUGAGGGAUGCUGUUGGAAAGGAUAAUGCCUUCGUAGAAAACUACGAUACACUGAUAACAAAAUAUAAUGAAGUCACAAAGGAAUUAGCAACAUUAGAGGAAAAACUUGCCAAGGCAGACUUCCUAAAACAGGUUUCUGAGUGCACCAGUGUAGCCGAUGAUGAUCUUGACACUUACCUGAACAAGCUGCAGUCAGAAGUGCCAGACAAACACAAACGUGUCACUUGGAAGUUACGAGCUGUUGAUUUACGAAAGGAUGAAUUGAGGUUACGCAGACUCUCCAACAUUGCCCGCCCGCUUGGUGUUCCUGAGUUGCAGCCAUACCAGCCAAAAUACGAAAUGUCAAGCAGCAAACAAAACCUAAAGCUGGAGCCUCUUGGAGAGAAGUGCAAGGAGUCUCUGAAACCUGCAUCUAUUUCUACCAAACCAAAGGAACAUUCUUUAAAACCUCACAAGAUUUUCUUGGAGGAGGAACCAGAGCAGAGGCCACGACUCAGAAGGUUGGACGAAAUUGAUGAUGAGCUCCCAGCAAAAGCCCCAAGAAAAGAGUUCAAACGUGAUUCAAUAAAGAAGUCAGAAUCAGCAGUUCCAAGAAAUUCAGUUAGUAAAACUAUCAUGCACUCAUAUAAAUCGAGUGGAGUGCAGCUCCUGAAUGACAGAUCAGCUGGUAAAAUGAAAACUGUGAAAGAACGAGAACUACCCCCACCAGAGCUACAUCAUGCAGGUACAAGUGAUAGGAGAGGAGUUGACUCAGAAGUAAAUAGAACUGAAGAUAUUGUGAAUACUUACAGUGAUUGUACUCAGCAAGAGAGUAAUAAUAAUAAAACCAAAACAAAUAGCAGCAGUGACACAAGUCUAUUAAAAUCAAAUAUCCCAGAAAUUUCUACAAAUGAAAAUUCUCUGUCUAAAGGCACAGAGGAGAACUGUCCAGAGAAAAAAUUGAGAAUUUUAGGUCCUAGUCUGCCUCAUCAUUUGGCACACCUGAAGACUGCACAGCAGGGCCCUACGGGAACAAAAAAAAGGUAUGAAAAGAAAAGCAGAUAUUACGAUGAUGACAAUCCUAAUUAUGACACCUGGAUCCCACCAGAGCAGCAGUCUGGAGAUGGACGCACUAAACUGAAUGAGAAGUUAGGAUAUUAAUUACAAAAGAAAACUGUUCCAGUUUGACUGAAUUUAGUACAUUAUGUAACUGAUUUUAUUUUGUUUUAUAUAGCAACACCUUGUAUAACAAAAAAAUAUAAAAAAAAAAAGCACUGGU